CGAGUAAAUAUUAUAACUUAAUUUUCUUAGCCAUGGGAUCUCUAUCAAGCGUAUCGAAUUUGGCAGUUGAAUGUUGAUUUUAUCCUAUAAACCAAAUCAAUGACACCACCGUUUCUAGAGCCGAUUGAAUCCUCUGCCAACGUGCUCUAUCUGAAAUCAAAACAGCCAUUUCUUUCUGUGAAUAAGUUGGCCAGUCAGAGUUUUUCCUGCCAAGCCACCAGGAUAUGACAAGCAUUAUAUCAAGCCACCAUUUCAAAUGGUCACUUGGAAUUGGGAAUCAUCUUUAUAAAGGGAGAUUUCAUAAGAUUACCUAUUUACCUUCCAAAAGAUUGACUUCUUUCCAGAAUCAAAACCUUUCUGGUAUUUAUUACUGUUUUAGGAGAUGUUGGCCAAUCUUUUCUAGUUCCAUUGAUGAUGAGAAGGAACCAGAUGACUCAGAAGAAGAUAAGACAAGUGAGGAAGAAUUACCCGAAGCCAAAAUAGACGGGGUGAAUAGCGAAGCACUAAGAGCGAAUCUUGAAAAAAUUGUUGGUGUAGAUGAUUCUACCUUUAGCGGGAUGGAUCUCGCAACUCUUAUUAGAAACAAGUAUGGAAGGUCUUAUGAUGUUCAAUUAAUAAAAAAGGAGUUCAUGGGAAAAAAUCUUCUUGCUUUAAAUGUCAUGUGGAAAUACAUGGAACAGAGAUCUUUUCCGCUAACGGAAGAAGAAUAUAUUUUGAGGCUUGAUGAUGUGGCAAAUGCACUAAAAUGUUGGGGAGCUGUCUCACAUAUUCGAAAUAGCCUUGCAAAGCUAAAAGAAAGACCUCGAAUUGGGAAGGCGGUUAGCAUUUUCAUAGACAUGGAUGAAUCUGGCGGCCGUGCAAAUGAAUGGAUUUACAAAUAGAUUGUCGUGUGGGACAAGGAAAAAUGUUCUUACCAGCUCUCUCUGCCUUAAAGAAGCGUAAGAAAUCUGAUCAUAGUUGCAAUUCCAUUGUAAGAAAUUCCAGAAAAAAAAAAAAAAAAGUUUUAGAUGUUUUCUUAUGGCAAUGAUUUAGAAGUCACCCAAUAUUACUACUGCCUCGUAUGUAUGUUCUGUAAAUGAAUGAGAAUGAUGUAUAUACAUUCUAUAGAAUGUAAGAUUAAAGUUUCUUCUAAACUUUUUAA